ACUUUUAUGUCAAUGUUUGCCAGCUUCUUAGAAGAUGCCCUUGCAGUCCAAGUAAAAACUAAUGGCAUUGAUAUUGGAGGAAAUAUAAUAAAACCUGAAGGUGGAGGGACUCAAGUGCAGUUUGCUUGGUGAAAGAUAGAUUGUACCUGUCUGUCUACAUUUAAGAAGCAAAGGCAUAUUUCAUGGCUGAUGCUGUGGUGUCCUUUCUUGUGGAGAGGUUGGGUAACCUCCUGAUUGAGGAAACCACACUGUUAUGGAGUGUACGGGAUCAGGUCCAACAGAUGCAAACCGAGCUAAAACGGAUACAGUGCUUUCUAAAAGAUGCUGACAAGAG